GCCAACGUUUUGAGAGAAACAGCUGUUCAAACGAAGGGAAGAAGGAGAGGAAGAAGCUUGAGCUGUGUGUUGUGCGCAGGCUAUGCUUUGCUACCGUAUUGCUAGCUAGCAAGAGAACAUCGUCACCACAAUUUGCCCAUUCCAUUUGCCCUACUCUCCCCCUUCCUCCAUUCAUUCGCUCCGCCUCUUCAUUUCUCACAGCCGGCAUAUUCGCGCGCGAACAGCUCACCUGUACGAACGAGUAUUACUCUCCGCCUUGCCUUGUUCAUCCUCCGUCGAAUAUUUUUUUUCCUUUGAGAAUUGAAGAAGAGGAAGACGGUCUCUUCACCCUGCCUAGCAUUGGAGGGAGAACGAGUGAGAAGACGAGAAAAGACCUGGAGAUUGAAUAGCCGCGCAAUACUGUCGCCCAUCCAUCUUCAAGCUACCAGCCCACUCCAGCAACAGCACGGACAAUUCCCAUCAUCGGUGCACCCGAGCUAGAAUUGCGUUACUCUAUUCCCAAUAACCUCCUCCGCGCGCGCAUCCCUCGGAUUUCGAGUUGGUUUGCGCGAUCGGGUACUUUUUAUCUUCGCCUUUUUAUCUUGAAUUAUUAUUUUCUAGUAAAGGGCGGCUUUUUGUGGAGUUUUUUUCUUCCUCUCUUUUACUACUCUCUACUCAACUUGACUGCGGCUAUUCCCCCUGCGGUUAAGCAGCGAUGACUACGAUAAUCGACGUACCAAUGGCGAAUAGAGGUGAGCGUCUGCCCUCUUAUAGCCAGACGCGGAGGUGUGGUUCGGAGGAAUUCGUGGAUGCAAAAGCGCCGCUGUGGUGUAAUCGUGGAUUUGGAGGGGAGAGUGGAUGGUAUGAACUGGAGAGAGCGCUGGAGAUGCUUGAUAAGGUAUGUCGUUCGUUCGCUUUCAUUUUUUUACGAGUGGAAGAAAUUGGUGGAUCUGGUCAGGGAAUAUCGGUACUCGAGUAUGAUAUAAGUACCUGUAGUUUGAGCUGCCUGGUCCGGUCUGGGGCGGGUGGAAUGGGGAUGUUGCGAGGAGGUAUUAAUGGGGGCGCAUUUUUGUUGACGGGGCACACUUCGAACCCUAGAUUCAUCUACGCAGUGUGAUAACGGCGCAAUUACCGAGUAAACAGAGUCGACCCCUAUUUUCUGUUGGGAAGCGACAACGGGAGGGGCAGCAGGAGGAGCAUCGGCGAUAUCUCUUAUCCCAUAAUAAACUUGAUCAGGCACGUAAAAUUUCUACCCCUCUAGUAUGAACGCACUUGGCCCCCCCUCUCUCUUGCGCGCUCCCUCUACCAUCACCCAUUCUGUCCUGUUUUACCCUUAGGGACUUCCCUGUCUCAUUCCACACACCCUUUCCUUGGAUCCGUCUUACAGUGUUUGACCGGUCACUUGAUCAUCCGGCUCAACUCUUUGCAACCCGAUCCUCUUUGGGCUCAACAACUCCCCUUUUUUCCUUCUCAAAAAGACAAGUAGUUUUAAUGUAUUUCAUUCUUCCCACUACUAUCGCCGCUACCACCUAAAAGUGCAAAGCGCGUUGUUCGGUUCGCGAUAGUCAGGAAAACUGUCGAAAACCGAUGGAACAAGAAUAAGGAUAAAAAAGGGUGCAAUCGGAUCGGUCGCUAACAUCACCUGCAGGAUUCCGAUCAAUACCAUCUGGAGCUGUUGAACUGGAUCCCGCCCGCAUACGUAGACGACGACGAACCCCCACCACCUUAUCGGGAGUUCGAGGAGGAAUCACUCGCUACCAGCCGUGCGCAUCUUCCUCUAAAGAAGAUGGGUGUAGAACCUCCGCCAUCAUUCUUUUCCGGCAAAUUUUUCGGGAUAACAGACAGAGCUGGUAAGAAAAAGAGGACUGGCACCGCCAACAAAUCGGGGAUAUCAGGAGGAACGGGGAACCCGAAGAAAGCCGGUGGAAAGGCGCCGGCAGGCGAUGGUGGGAGUGGCGAUGCCAACCCUAAUGGCGGUGGAGCCGAUGGAUCGGGUGGUGGAGACGAUAGCGGCGACAAAAAGAAGGAUGAAGAAGCGAGGAAUUUGAAAGAAAAAGAAGAGGAAGAGGAGAAGAAAAGGAAAGAAGAGGAAGAAGAAGAAGCCAAACGGAAGGAGUUGGAUGAGGAAAAAAGAAAAGCCGAUGAGGCUGCACAGGGGACAGAUGGUUGGGGUGCAGACGAUGACAAUGAGGCUGCGUUUGAGUCCGUUCCGACAAAGAGGUCAAAGGAAAGAAAGGUAGGGCAGUAUUUGCCCCUCCCCCGCUUAUGACAUCUAGCUAGCGAGAGAGUUACUUACCUUAUCUGGCACGUUUAGAAGAAAGAACCACCGCCCGAAGGAGCCGGUGUGAAAGAGGCCAUACCGGGUGAUGACGGAAUGCCUGGCGGAUGGGGAGACUCGGCCGACCGGAGCCCUCCAUCUAGGCCUGAUCCACCUGUGGGGGUGCUAGACCCCGAGCCUGGGCGGGAAUUGGGUCCGGCAGAAAAGAAGAAGAAGGAGAGGGAGGAGAGGGAGGAGAGGCGAAGAAAGGCGCGCGAGGGGAAGGAGCCAAAGAUGAAGUCUACGAGUAAGGUAUGUUUACGGUGGUAAUUCUCUUAACUGUAAUUAUUACUUGGCCACUUGGGGUUUAGUAUACCCAAGCACUCUACAUUUGCGUAGUGCAUGCGGUAUAAAAGCCUCAACUGAGGUGCGAGUAGGCUGAUCGAUGCAUCAUACGUGUACAAUACUCGUUGGGAAAACAACCAAUCGUGUUUUAGAAGAAGCCAGAGGGCUAACAGAAUAUACAGAGAGAUGCAGUCCCAGAGACACAGCCUGAAGAAGCACCAGCGCCAGCGCCACCCCCUCAUCUAGGGGGACCUAUAGAAAAGAACAAAAGAAGAGUUGCGGAGGAGCUCAAGGAUGAUGUGGACUCUGAAAAAGAAGCAGAUGUCGCAUCCCCUCAACCGGAAGCCGCAAAAGUUCCAACAUUUCCUUCCAUUGGUGUAGGGUCGGGAUGGAGUAAGCUGUGGAGCCCUUGGGCUGGUGCGAAUCCCUCCGCUCCAAACCUGGAUAAAGGUCCUGGAUCUCAAACUGCCUCCAAAUCAUCUGCAGCUCAAGAGACCUCAGCCCAAGCGCCACCGACGGCCCUCAAAGAAGCAAAAACGGGAAGGGCCCAAAGGGAGAAACCGAGUACCCAGGGGCCUCCCUCCAAAAUUGAAGAAGCCGUUGAGGUUGUUCCAAUUCCGGGACCGCGGAAAUUACCCGGACCGGUGCCGGAGCGGGGAAUAGAAAUAGUCCCCGCCCCCGCCCACGAGUCAACGCGGGGGGGAACAGAGCCCAUGCCCCUUGUCAAGCAAAGCAGGAGCGACAAAGAGAAGGAAAAGGUGGAGACAAGGGAGGCAGCGAAGCUCGGAAGGGGCAAACGGGUAGUCGAGGAGUCUAAGAGGGUGAAGGAACUGGAACUGGAACAGCAGGGUGAAAAGAGGGCUAGAGGAGUGAAGGGUGCAAAAGUUGCGGCAGCAGCAGCAGCGUUUGAAGCGAAGACGGCCGCUACUUCACCUCUGGGAAAAAAGACUAAAGGGGUUGUGGAGAAGCUAGGGCAAGGGUUGGAAACCGAGGUCGAGCUUAAGGCCGAACGGGAACCAGCGGUGGAACCUAUGUCUGAGGUGACUGUAAAGGAAGUAGCUGCGGAGCCGGAGCCGGGGGCCACUGGGCAAGUAGCUCAGGAAGAGGAGCCCAACAAAGGGGAUGUGCUCCCCGGACCUACGGCACCGGAAGAGGACACCUACGAUCCAGGUUACGGAAGACCUUCGCACAUUCAGUACGCUAAUACUUCGGGUAUAAAUUAUGUUCCCACGCUCGACAAGGCGCCCUAUGCGCCUGUACCAGAGGGACCCAAAUACGCCCAACUAAAGCAGUAUGAAUACGCACAAUCGACUUGGGGUUUCACAAAGCCUAAGAAAACAACUAGAGGGGCACCCACGCCUGCGCCAGUGCCACCCCCAGCUCCCGCAGGACCGGCGGAGACCGACCUGGUGCCAGAGGUAAUCGAAGAGGCACCGCCAUCAGAGCUUCUUAAAUCACCUAUCGGAGAUGAUGCAGAUGUUGGGAUUAUAGGCGCUGCUGCAGAGGUUGUGGGCGUGGAACUGGAAACGGCUCCUCCCCCGCCCUCCGAGGAAGAACCUUCCCCGGCCUCUGCCCCUGCGCCCAGGGAAAAGGAAAGGGAAAGGGAAAAGAAAUCAAAGAAAGAUGGUUCGGUCUGGGGUACCAUUCUUGGAGCGCCAAAGACGGCGAAAAAGAAGGCCCCAGAUGUUGAGGUCAGCAUCAAUUCCAACCCUUGUGUGAUAGAAAGCGAGAGCGAGGUGGAUUGCGAUGCUGAAAUAGAAAAUGGGGAACAGCGUGUUCGAAGGUCUUCUACUGAGGUCGACGCCAAUGGUAGUCCCAUCAAAGUGGUCGGUCUGAGGGAUUUGUGGAAGAUGAACAAAGAAGUUGGAAAGCGACAGAAAAGUGCGAGGAACACACCUCUGGUAGAGAAAACCCAGGAAGAAGCCAUUCUGGAAGUCACUCCAGAGGCUACACAAGUUUCUCCGCCUGCUCUGGGAUUGGCAGUUGAAAUUCCACAAUUUGAAGGUUAAUCUCUUGUGACGUGUCUUGGGGUAUUGGGCUGGUUGCUAACGUCGCCUAUCGCAGAACCUGAAAUUGCCCCUGAAACGCCAGCACCUAAAAUGCUUCCCAUCGAAUCAUAUCUCGUCCCACCCACACCAUUACUGCCAACACCUCAAUUUGACAUUGGCGAACCCUCUCCACGCGGACGUGAGUUUCCUCCUCAUGCUCUUGCUCCUGCUCCUCGAUCCUCAAAGAAAGAGAGGAAGAAGAAGAAAGAGCCGAAAUACGAAGAGGAACCAAUUGAGGAAGCUCCAGCGCCUCCCGAGCCAACGAUUGUUGAACCUGAAGCGGAGCCAACUGUCGGGCCGGAAGUAGAACCAGCCGUUGACCCGGAGGCGGAAGGAAGGGUUGCGCCCGAGCCCGAGCAUCCUAACUUGUCUGGGAAGGGGAGAAAGAAGAAAGAGAAAAAGAAGAAGGAGAGAAAGGAGAAGGAAGUGGUGGAAGAACCUCCUGCGCUCGAGGUACCUGAGGUUGUCGAGGAGGCUCUGCCAGAGCCUGAGGCGUCUCCUACUUCUGGUCCUGGUUUGAUCAUGGGAAUGUUGACCGGCUGGGGAACUGGGUCUGGGUCUGCUGCCUCCGGCGUUUCUGCGAACGCGGAACCUGGAUCCGAACCGGCCCCCAAGAUCGGGCCUGACUCCAACGCCGAUCACGAACAUUGGUUCCAAAAGGAUCCCGAAUCAGAGCCCGAACAAGAGCGUGAACCCGAUCCAGCACCAGAACCGGAAGCUCCGAUGGGAAGGCGGAGCCGAGAGCACAGCUUCGGUGCGGCACCGGCUCCGGCACAUUACGCUGGAUAUCCGGGGUAUUCUAGUUACCCCGGGUAUCCGGGUUACCAGGGCUACCCCGCUCACCAUUUUGACCAUGACCCACCUGCGCCCAGAGCACUCAUACCGGAAGAACUUCCGGAAGAGAAGCCCCAUCGCCACCGCAGUCGCAAGUACCGCGAACUUCAAGAGGAGGUACAUGCUACGAAUAGCAAGGAGGUCAAAGAGAAACACCGCCGCCGCAAGGUAUCGAUCCAAGAGCCUGAAGGUGUCGCUGUCGCAAUGGAGCGGAAGAAGACGCAUUCCUCGGAAAAUGUCGAUGGAGACAAAGGAGCUCGUAGGGAGCGACGACGCCUGAAAAAACAGGCAGUAGAACAGGCAGAGAUGGAUAGAUUGCGCAGGGAAGCUGAGGAGAAGGCGCAAGCUGAGCACAGGGCCCGUGCUGAAGCUGAGGAAAGGGCGCGUAUCGAAGCAGAAGAGCGGCGGCGUGCCGAGAGGCGAGCCAAGAAGGCAAAGAAGGCAGAGAAGGAAGCUAGGUUGCGAAUUGCUGAGCAGGAAGCUUUGCUAAGAGAAGCCGGACUAAGGGCGAGGGAGGAGGCCAUCGCUGCAAGCCAACAAAAACUUGAGAGACGGAAGUCGUCCAGGAGAAAUUCUGGCAUUCCGGCCGAGGCCAGCGAAACCCGAGAGGAAAAGGAAGCCCGAAGAGAAGCCCGUCGUAUUAAGAAGGCCGCGAAAGAGGGCCGUGUCAGCAUGUCUAGAUCAAAUAGUGACCAAACACAGCAGCGCGCUCAUGGCCGUGUCAGCAUGUCCGGCUCCAAUAGUGAUCAAGUUCAACAUGCACAGGACCUAGCGAGGGCCAUGAACGGCAUUGGGAGAAGAUACUCGGGUCCCUACGUUCCCGAAAGUGAGCGAAGCCACCCUUACGACGAUGAAUAUGAGCACGAGCGGCGACGCCGAAUACGCCGAGAGCGCCGGGAAGCACACAAAGCGCAAGAAGCCAAUCUCUGGCAGAACAGGGAGGACAUCAGUGGUUCGAUAACCCCCGAGCAGAUACCUGAAAGCGAAGAUGCGAACAACCACCGUUUCUCGUCCAGCUACUCUAAUGAUAUGAUGGAAGAGGAGCAGGCGCUCAGGGAGCGUAGGAGACAACGCAAAGAGGCGCUAAAGGUGCUGGAAAGAGAUGUUAUGAUGGAAAAAGGACCCAUAAUGGUUGAUGACGAAGAGCGCCGGACGAAGAAACACGCUAAGAAGGAGAAGAGGUCCAAGGAGACGGAGGACCCCGAGGUUAAAGCUGCACGUCGUGCUGCAAGGGCCAGGAAGAGGUUGGAGAGGGAGAGAUUUAAUGGGGGGUUGACCGAUUAUGAGGGUAAUAUUCCCGGAGGCGGCGGUAGCAAGAAGAGCUGGUGGAAGAAGCUCCUUAGUUAAAUGAAAUACCCCCUCUUUUUUUUUACCCUCAAAGUGAUAAUGGUGGUUAUUCUCUGCUCAUUUCUUUAUUUGUCGUCACGGAUACUUGGAGUGUUACGGAUUUGAUGUCUUUUUUUUCAAAGCUUUCUCAUAUUUUACGCUUUCCACUUGCUUUCCUGUUCAUUAUCUAUAUAUAUAUUCUAUAUUAUGUCGUGUGAUCGUGAUGGGAAACCUACCUAUAACAAACUUCACGGAAUUAGCUCUGAUUUUAUUUUUAUUUUACUCACCCUUUUAUACCAUCUUCCCCCCCCUCUCUUGUCCCAUUUCUCCAUUUCAUUGUUCAAUAUCUGUCGAAUAUCUGUCGAACACCCUGUUGUAACUUUUUUUUUUUCCCACUUCUUUUUUAUAUCCGCUUUUAUUUAUUUAUUUAUUCCCACCCCUCCCCCUAUACCGGUACGGCACGAGGUUCAUGUGUGAAGUGUGUGUAGGGGGGGUUAAACGAACGCAAAUGAAAAACAAAACAAAAAAAAGUAAUUCCAGUUCUAGAACUAAUCUCGAGGUUUUUAUAUCUGUCCAUUUGAUUUUUCCGUGAGCGCUAGUGAGCGGUGAUUUGUAAUUUUUUAAUUUUUUUUUACCGUCUCAUUCUCAUAUUAGGUGUCUUGCUCAUGUGUUAUGUGAGCUGUAUCGUAUCAUACCGCGCGAUAGGUCUGAUGCGAUCGAGGCGAGGGGCAAGGGAG